AUGGCCCUGGACUUUGAAUAUCUCCGAGUAAAACUCAUCAUCACGCUCCUCCGCCUCAUCUCGUGGAUCACAGACAUCCUCCCCCUCCGCCGCGAUCGUCUGCAAUCGCAACUUGCCUACAAACACACACGCCAACGAGUGCUCAUCCCUUCUCGCGACAAGCACCGCUCCAUCAAAGCCGACCUGUAUUUACCGCCAAACCAUCAUCACGACACUGACAACAAAAUCCUGAUCAACUGGCAUGGAAGCGGCUUCAUCUUCCCCGCCCUCGGCAGCGACACCCUGUUCUGCGCGCGCGUGGCUAGCGAGAUAGGUAUCGCCGUGCUCGAUGCUGAUUACCGCAAGGCUCCCGAGACGCCGUUCCCUGGCGCUGUCGAGGAUGUCGAGGAUGUGCUGCGCUGGGUUUUUGAUACGAUGACGCAGAAAUCGACGACGGCGCGUGUGGCAGUGUCUGGGUUCAGUUCAGGUGGGAACCUCGCCCUCGUCGCGGCGAGCGCGUUACGAAAGCAGCAGCAGAAGCAGCAGCAACUUGCUGCAGUUCUGGCGUUUUACCCCGUUGUCGACAUGACGCUUGCGCCAGAAGCCAAAAGGGCGCCUCGCGGGGCUGACAGCGACAGCGGCAGUGCUGCUCCGCCACAUGUAGCGCGGAUGUUCAAAGGCUGCUACUUGCCUAAUCCAGCCAUGUAUGCAGAUACCAGAGCGUCGCCGGGGCUGGCUGACACCGCUGAUUUCCCAUUUACAGUAGCUAUUCUCACCUGUGAUGGCGACAAGUUGGCGCCGGAGGCGAUGGCGUUGGCGGAGAAGUUGAAGCUGGAUGGGAAGAGAAAGGUUGUUGGAGAGAUGGUGCGCGGGGUUUCGCAUGGGUUCGAUAAGGGGACUGAAAAGGGAACGCUGGAGUGGGAGCGGCGUGAGGAGAUGUAUGCUUUGGCAGUGACGAUACUCAAGGAGGUUUUCGGUGUUUGA